AGGACAUCUAGGUCACACUUGCACCGACUUACAAGUAGUAACGAGCAAAUGUGACGUAAAUAACGAAAGCUGGCGCUACUUUUAAUUAAGAGAAACGAGCCACAGCCGUUACCUAACCGUUUUCCUCCGCACCGGCGCUGAGUGGCGGAUCACCGCCUACUCACUGCCCACUUAUUCAGGUGACAGCCUCAACAAACCGCCCCCACCUCCCCUUGGAGAUGUUGCUGUCUGUGGAUGGCAGCAGACCUGGAGGACCGAAACAAGUGUUUGUACCGGCGUUGUAGAAAGUAGCAACGAUAGAGAACAGGUUAAUCUCUCUUAAAGUAGGCUACUUAUUGCUCCGCGCUGAGGUCUAGGGAAGUGCUCCAGCAACGGUCAUUUUAAGCCACGAAGCUUAAGAAGACGACACAGCCGUUAGUCUGACUCAGAGCCGGCUUUCUUCCUUUCUCCGGUAACAAGUCUCCACGUCUCCUGGAUGCGAUGACAGACUCGGUUGUGGACAGCAAAGCGGAGGUGAAACAAGCCACGAAAUAUGUCAAAGAGACGGAAAACGUUGCGGAGAAAUACUCUGCGAUGACUGUGAGCAAGAACAGCAGUGAUGUGAACAUGAACGUCGGGGAAAUGCCUUCCGCAGCGUUCACCGCAGUCCCCACACUGAAAUCCGUCAAGAAGAUCCAGUUUGCGAACACUGAGGACAAGCAAGAGUUCAGCAAGUACCCCACCAAGGCUGGCCGCCGCUCCCUCUCCCGGUCCAUUUCACAGUCCUCCACAGACAGCUACAGCUCAGCUGCAUCCUACACCGACAGCUCUGAUGAUGAAACCUCCCCCCGGGACAAGGCCCAGGUCAACACCCACGGCAGCAGUGACUUCUGUGUGAAGAACAUCAAGCAGGCCGAAUUUGGCCGCCGAGAAAUUGAAAUUGCAGAGCAAGACAUGUCGGCCCUGAUCUCCUUGAGGAAGAGAGCCCAGGGGGAGAAGCCGCUGGCUGGGGCGAAGAUAGUGGGCUGCACCCAUAUCACUGCUCAGACUGCAGUCCUGAUCGAGACUCUGGUAGCCCUCGGAGCGCAGUGUCGCUGGACUGCCUGCAACAUCUACUCCACUCAGAAUGAGGUAGCUGCUGCUCUUGCUGAAACAGGGGUACCUGUGUUUGCAUGGAAGGGUGAGUCAGAGGACGAUUUCUGGUGGUGCAUCGAUCGCUGUGUCAACACGGAGGGCUGGCAGGCCAAUAUGAUCUUGGAUGAUGGCGGAGAUUUAACCCACUGGGUUUACAAGAAGUAUCCAAGCGUCUUCAAGAAGGUUCGAGGAAUCGUGGAGGAGAGUGUCACUGGAGUUCACAGAUUGUACCAGUUGUCUAAGGCCGGAAAGCUGUGUGUCCCUGCCAUGAAUGUGAACGACUCAGUCACCAAGCAGAAAUUUGACAACCUUUAUUGCUGCCGUGAAUCUAUCCUGGAUGGCUUGAAGAGGACCACAGAUAUAAUGUUUGGAGGCAAACAGGUGGUCGUGUGUGGUUAUGGAGAGGUGGGGAAGGGCUGCUGCACUGCUCUAAAGGCCCUUGGAGCUAUUGUGUGCAUCACAGAGAUUGACCCCAUCUGUGCCCUGCAGGCAUGCAUGGACGGCUUCCGAGUGGUCAAGCUGAGUGAGGUCAUCCGGCAGAUGGACGUGGUGAUAACUUGCACUGGCAACAAGAAUGUCGUCACCAGAGAACAGCUUGACCGAAUGAAGAAUGGCUGCAUCGUCUGCAAUAUGGGGCACUCCAACACUGAGAUUGAUGUGGCAAGUCUGCGCAGCCCUGAGCUCACCUGGGAGAGGGUGCGCUCUCAGGUUGACCACAUCAUCUGGCCUGAUGGGAAGAGAGUUGUUCUGCUCGCAGAGGGCCGCCUCUUAAACCUGAGUUGCUCCACAGUGCCUACGUUUGUGUUGUCCAUCACUGCUACAACUCAGGCCCUGGCCCUGAUCGAGUUGUUCAAUGCUCCAGAGGGCCGUUACAAACAGGAUGUUUAUCUGCUGCCCAAGAAGAUGGAUGAGUAUGUGGCUAGUUUGCACCUACCAAACUUUGAUGCCCACCUGACAGAGCUCUCUGACGAGCAGGCCAAGUAUAUGGGCCUCAACAAGAACGGACCCUUCAAACCUAAUUACUACAGGUAUUAACGAGAGCAUCUGAUGCUGUGAUCCUCGACACACAGUUGUUCCUGGGAUAAACAGAGAUAUCUAUUUUAUUUUCUAAAUUGCUACAAAAUGGAGGAAUUAUUUUAAUUAUGCUGAAUGUAACUUAUUAUUGGCACUUCAGACAUAGUGUUAAUUAUGAAAUAGAAGACAUGUAGGAAACAUAUGAUGUAUAACCAACUAACAUUUUACAUGACUUGUCACGUGUUGAAAAGAAAAGCCUGCCUGCAUGCUUUCAUGUGUAUGUAAUCAUUUAGUUGCUAUGCUUCUGUUGCUAGAUCACAAAGCUGUUGAUUUGUUUGUUUACUCUAUUUACGCACUGUGCCAAAUGAUGGCCGUAAGAAUGGAACAGAUAUCAUGUAUGUUUUGUCUGACGAUGAUCUUAUUAGUACAUUCCAUGAGCCAGGGUUUGGGCUCAGCCAAAACAAACUCUGCAUUACAAUGUUCAAUAGUUUAGAUUAAAUUUUGUUUUUAAUUGCGAUAGAAAAUCUCAUUGAACGGUAUCUGCAUCCAUUCCCUAAAAGGUAUCAUCCAGUCAUCAACAAAGUACUGUGAUGAAAUAUAGCACUUGUUGUUUAUUAAAAGAAUUUAUAAUAGCCUGUGAAAGGCUGAGUGCAUUUUAAAUCCCUGACUCUUGGUGCUGGCAUUCAGCACUUAUCCCAAAACUAAUUUGAAACACCCACUGGUUCUUCUGAAUAAAUUCAAAUCAAAGGGAUGUUUCAUGUGCUAGUAACAGAUUAAGAUGUUUAUGUUAUUUUAAAGAAGACAGGCUGUAUGAAUUCCUAAAAAGGAAGCUCUGAAAAGGUUUAAAACGUUUUUUAAAUUGACUCUGACUUUCUUCUUUUAAGUUUCCAUUUGCUCACUCUAAUUCCAGCAGAGCUCUGUCUCAGCGAUCAGCAGCAACGUCUCUUAUACAGUAUAUGGACUGGAUAAUACCUUUAAUGCCAUGGUAUGAUUGUGCCUUUUUAAUCAUUUACAUAAAUAUCAGCACUGACCUUAAUUAAAUGAACAUUCCUUAUUUGUAAAACCACAUCUGUUAGUGGUGUAUUCAAUGUCUUCCUUCCACUGCUUCUGUAUUAAUUGUAACUCUAAUGUAUGAGCUGUGUGUUGAGAAACAAUAUUAGACUUUUAUGUUUGCCA